CGCGGGCCGGCCCCCUCCCCGCCCCGGGGCCCCUCCCCGCCUGGUUGUGUAACCGUCCCCAGCCCCCCUCCCCUCGGCCCCCCGCCCCGGUAGGGGGGGGGGUCACCCACCCGGCGCUCCCCGGGGAGGGCGGCGGCCCCAGCGGCCGCGCGGCGCAAGCGAGCCCGGGGAUGCGCGGCCUAGUGCAGGCCGGGCCCGGGCGUGGGGGAGGCGGGCGGGCGGACCCAGAUCCGGGGUAAUUUGCAUCGCCCUCCCCCCAGCCCGGGUGGGGAUUGGCCGCCGGCGGCGGGGGGUGGCGCGGGGCCAGGCUCACUGCCGCCUCCCGGCCCCUCGGAGGGAGCCAGCCCAGCCGCAGCCGCCGCCACCGCCGCCGCCGGGGCCGGGCCCCCUCGCCGCUGCCCCGGGAAGGAGGUCUCGGCGCGGAAGAUGGCCGGCGGUGUGGACGGCCCCAUCGGGAUCCCGUUCCCUGACCACAGCAGCGACAUCCUGAGCGGACUCAACGAGCAGCGGACGCAGGGCCUGCUGUGCGACGUGGUGAUCCUGGUGGAGGGCCGGGAGUUCCCCACGCACCGCUCGGUGCUGGCGGCCUGCAGCCAGUACUUCAAGAAGCUGUUCACGUCGGGCGCCGUGGUGGACCAGCAGAACGUGUACGAGAUCGACUUCGUCAGCGCCGAGGCCCUCACGGCCCUCAUGGACUUCGCCUACACGGCCACGCUCACCGUCAGCACGGCCAACGUGGGCGACAUCCUCAGCGCCGCCCGCCUGCUGGAGAUCCCCGCCGUGAGCCACGUGUGCGCCGACCUCCUCGACCGGCAGAUCCUGGCGGCCGACGCGGGCGCCGACGCCGGGCAGCUGGACCUCGUGGAUCAGACCGACCAGCGGAACCUCCUCCGGGCCAAGGAGUACCUCGAGUUCUUCCAGAGCAACCCCAUGAACAGCCUGCCCCCCACCUCUGCCUUCCCCUGGUCUGCUUUCGGCACGUCCGACGAGGACUUGGACGCCACCAAGGAGGCCGUGGCCGCGGCCGUGGCCGCCGUGGCCGCCGGCGACUGCAACGGCUUGGACUUCUACGGGCCGGGGCCGCCGGCCGAGCGGCCCUCGGCCGGGGACGCGGACGAGGGCGACAGCAACCCGGGCCUGUGGCCGGAGCGGGACGAGGACGCCCCUGCCGGGGGCCUCUUCCCGCCGCCCGUGGCCCCGCCGGCCACCGCCACGCAGAACGGCCACUACGGCCGGGGUGGGGAGGAGGAAGCGGCCUCGCUGUCGGAGGCGGCCCCCGAGCCGGGCGACUCUCCGGGCUUCCUGUCGGGCGCGGCCGAGGACGGGGACGGGGACGGGCCCGACGCGGAUGGGCUGGCGGCCAGCACGCUGCUGCAGCAGAUGAUGUCAUCGGUGGGCCGGGCGGGGGCGGCGGCGGCGGCGGGGGACAGCGACGACGAGUCGCGGGCGGACGACAAGGGCGUCGUGGACUACUACCUGAAGUACUUCAGCGGCGCCCACGACGGGGAUGUUUACCCGGCCUGGUCGCAGAAGGUGGAAAAGAAGAUCCGGGCCAAGGCCUUCCAGAAGUGCCCCAUCUGCGAGAAGGUCAUCCAGGGCGCCGGCAAGCUGCCGCGGCACAUCCGGACCCACACCGGAGAGAAGCCCUAUGAGUGCAACAUCUGCAAAGUCCGAUUCACCAGGUGAGCCGGUGCGCCGCGGG